UAAAGUCUCACGCAAGCCUCGCCAAACCUACUUCAUUUCUGGGGUUGAAGAAGAACUCAGCCAAUUCUCAGAAAAUUUCCCGCGCGCUUCGUCUUUCGCAUUCUCCGAUCGAUGGCUCCCAAAUCAGACAGCGCCGAAGGAAUCGUACUCAACUUCGUGAAUGAGCAAAAUAGACCAUUGAAUUCUCAAAAUGUGGCUGAUUCAUUGCAAAAGUUCAACCUCAAAAAGGCUGCUGUGCAGAAGGCACUAGAUACUCUUGCUGAUAGUGGGCGGAUUUCGUUUAAGGAGUAUGGUAAGCAGAAAAUAUACAUGGCCCGUCAAGAUCAAUUUGACAUUCCUAACACCGAAGAGCUUAGUCGGAUGAAGGAAGAAAAUGCUAACCUCCAAGAGAAGCUGGUCAAACAGAAGAAAGAAAUUAGCGAGGUUGAGGGAGAAAUUAAAGCUCUGCAAUCAAACUUAACGCUGGAAGAGAUACAUGGCAAACAAACCAUUCUGAGAAAGGAGGUGGAGGAAAUGGAGGACAACUUAACUAAAUUGCGGGGAGGAGUUACUCUUGUAAGCCCAGAAGAGAGGAAUGCUGUUGAAAAAAUUUAUUUGGACACAAUAAGUCAGUGGAGAAAGCGUAAAAGGACGUUCAAAGAUCUAUGGGAUGCUAUAACUGAGAACUCACCCAAGGAUCUCAAAGAAUUUAAGGAGGAACUUGGGAUUGAAUAUGACGAAGAUGUUGGUGUGAGUUUGCAGUCAUUCUGUGAUCUAAUGCAACAAGGAAAGAAACGAGCUAGAGGCCGGUGACUUAUCUAUGAGGAUUUAGGCUAAUAUGUUGCUUUAUGUUCUCCUAGAGGUAAACUUGAUACACAAAUUUGUAGAUCACUAGAUCCCUUAUUUGAUUUGUGCUCCUGAAUCCCAGUAAGGUUACUAUUACCGGUUAUUUCAUGCUGUACAUUUGUUUUAUAAGCAGUGAUGGUCUUGUCCCUGGUAUAAACUCAUCUGAAAUUCCAAAUCUUCUGAAAUUCCUGUUGUAUUCUUGUCCCUGGUAUCAACUCAUCCUCCCAAAAGCUUGUUCUUGACCGGCAUUUAUGGUUAAAUAGCUAAUUAGUCUAAGAUUGCCUGUGGGGAUAUAAAAGUUCUUUUUCUUAAUGAAUUCCUUUUAUGCAAUA